AUGAACAUUGUGAACAUUGUGAACAUUGUGGUUGGUCCCGUAAAUUGGUACAGCAACAGCCACGAGACCAUGGCACCAUCGCGAUCGCAGCCUCCAUCGUCGCAAAAAAAGCAACAGUCAAUCUCAAGCUUCUUCACCUCAAAACCGUCACAAACCCCUAAGCCAUCCGCCGCAAAGCCACCAGUACCUAGCUCCCCGACGGCGAAUGAUAGAGCUGCAAGCGGUGACGCGUUGUUCGUAGGCUCAGACGAGGAAGAUGAAGUGCCACAACGAUGGACCUCGCAUCAGUCGAAGCGCACAUUGGACGAAGGUGAUGGCUGCGACAUCGAGAACGGUGCUCCCGGCCGCAAGAAGCUUAAGGCGCUCGAUGAGGGCGCAGACGAAGGGACAUUAGAGGCCAGCCCCUCUGAAGAAACCUCAGGAAUAGAAGAACACGCUCUUCCACGCGGGCAUCGUCAGUCUCUCGGCCAAGCCAGCUCCGCCGGACUCAACAGCGCCCAAGGGCCUAAAGUAUCUGCGAGGACGUCGAAAUACAUAUUCUCGAGCUCGCCUCCCCAAGAUGAGAACCAUGAGGAACCGGACACAGACGAGGUUCGCAGACACAAGGAGCGACUACACCAGCGCUUUGUAAAGAAGCUGGGGAGGCCCGACAGCAUCGCGGAGAUCAAGCGGCGCAAUCAUCUCAUCACAGAAGAGACAGCGGAUGGCGAGCCUGAUGCUGAGGAUGAGGAGGCAGAAGAGGAAGAGCCACCGCCAAAGGCAGCGAAAAGCAGGAAGGGCGCAGCUGCCAAGACGAGCAAAAGCAAGCUCACGCCUAUGGAGAAGCAGGUGCUGGACCUCAAGAGGAAGCACAUGGAUGCCCUGCUUGUUAUUGAAGUCGGGUAUAAGUUCAAGUUUUUCGGUGAAGACGCGAGGAUUGCGGCUAAGCAGCUGGGCAUCGUGUGCAUACCUGGAAAGUUCAGAUACGACGAACAUCCAUCGGAAGCGCAUAUCGACCGGUUCGCAUCCGCGAGCUUUCCCACCCACCGAUUGCAUGUUCACGUCAAGCGCCUAGUCCAAGCAGGCCAUAAGGUCGGCGUCGUCCGACAGCUCGAGACCGCAGCGCUCAAAGCUGUGGGAGACAAUCGCAAUGCGCCCUUCGUCCGGAAGCUUACGAACCUCUAUACCAAGGGCACGUACAUCGAUGAUGUUGAGGGCCUCGAAGGGCCUGUUGCAGGCCCAGCUGGUGGAGCACCUUCAACGGGAUAUCUUCUGUGCCUCACAGAAACCAACGCCAAAGGGUGGGGCACCGAUGAGAAGGUGCAUGUCGGGAUCGUCGCUGUGCAACCAGCAACUGGCGACAUCAUAUACGACGACUUUGAGGAUGGCUUCAUGAGGAGCGAGAUCGAAACAAGGCUACUUCACAUCGCGCCCUGCGAAUUUCUCGUGGUAGGGGAUCUCUCCAAAGCCACAGAGAAGCUCGUGCAGCAUUUGUCUGCCAGCAAAACCAACGUCUUCGGUGACGCAGCUCGCGUGGAACGCGUUGAGAAGCCGAAGACGAUGGCUGCACAAGCUUACAGCCACAUCUCGAACUUUUACGCGGAGAAGAUGAAGGCUGGAAGUAGCGAAUUGGACCAACAAGGCGCAAGCAAUGUACUGGAUCGAGUGCAUCAACUCUCAGAGCAUGUCACUGUCUGCUUGUCUGCGAUGAUAACUCACCUGAGUGAGUACGGACUGGAGCAUGUGUUCGACCUCACGAAGAACUUCCAGCCGUUCAGUGCCAGAAGUCACAUGCUGCUGAACGGUAACACACUUACAAGCUUGGAGAUCUACCGCAAUCAGACAGACUACACUGAAAAAGGCAGCCUGUUCUGGACGAUGGACCGGACGAGGACGCGCUUCGGGCAGCGGCUGCUCCGGAAAUGGGUCGGCAGGCCUCUGCUAGACAAGACCAAGCUGGAGGCGCGAAUCGCGGCAGUCGAAGAGUUGAACGAAGGCGAGCGGACCAUGCCAGUAGACAAGCUCAAACACAUACUGUCACUCGCAAAAGGUGACUUCGAAAAAUCCCUGAUUCGGAUUUACUAUAGAAAGUGCGCGCGGCCAGAACUGCUCGGCUUCCUCCAGAGUCUCCAGCGCAUCUCGAGCGAAUACGCCCACGUCAAGACCCCGUCCGAAGCAGGCUUCAAGUCCUCCCUCCUUCAAGAAGCUAUCGCCUCCCUCCCCGAGAUCUCCACCUCCGUGCUCGACUACCUGGAGCGCAUCAAUCCCCAAGCAGCAAAAGACGACGACAAAUACGCCUUCUUCCGCGACGAAUACGAAACCGAGCCUAUCACCGAGCAUAAGCUCGCCAUCGCCAGCAUCGAAGACUCGCUUAACGAACACCGCGCCGCAGCCGCCGCGAAGCUGCGUAAGAAGAAAGUCGACUACGUCACUGUGAGCGCCGUCGAAUAUCUAAUUGAGGUCGAGAACGCGCAGUUAAAGAACGUUCCUGCCUCGUGGCAGAAGAUUAGCGGCACUAAGAAGCUCUCCCGCUUCCACACACCCGAAGUCGUCAAACUGCUGCGUGAGCGCGACCAGCAUAAGGAGGCGCUGGCCGCGGCGUGCGAUGCUGCAUUCGCCGCCCUGCUCGCGGAAAUAGGCACGAAAUACCAGGCCCUUCGCGACUGUAUUCAGAGCCUCGCGACGCUGGACGCGCUGCUCUCCCUCGCGGAUGUCAGCGCCCAGCCGGGCUACACCAAGCCAGUCUUCGCCGACGAGCCCGUCAUCGAUGUCAAAGCGGGCAGACAUCCAAUGGUCGAGCGCCUACUACUAGACGCGUACGUCCCGAACGACGUCGACCUCUCGCCCGCGCAACCGGCGCUGUUAAUCACGGGGCCGAACAUGGGCGGCAAGAGCAGCUAUGUAAGGCAGGUGGCGCUUAUAGCCAUCAUGGCGCAGAUAGGCUGCUACGUCCCCGCGGAGUCGGCGCGGCUGGGGCUCCUAGACGCGGUAUUUACGCGCAUGGGCGCGUUCGAUAACAUGAUGAAGGGCGAGAGCACGUUUAUGGUUGAGUUGAGCGAGACGGCGGAUCUGCUCAAGCAGGCGACGCCCAGAAGCCUCGUCAUCUUGGACGAGCUGGGCAGGGGGACCAGCACGCAUGACGGCGUGGCGAUUGCGGAGGCGGUGCUGGAGCAUCUCGUCAGCGAGGUCAAGUGUCUGACGCUCUUCAUCACGCACUACCAGAGCCUGGCGAGGUUGAGCAACGCGUUCGAGGAUGGCAGGCUCAGGAACGUGCACAUGCGGUUCGAGGAGAGCGGGACUGCGGGGGAAGAGGUUGUCACGUUCUUGUACGAGGUCGCCGAGGGCGUGGCGCAUAGGAGCUAUGGGCUCAAUGUCGCGAGGCUGGCGAACGUGCCGAGGAGCGUGGUCGAGGUCGCGAGGGAGAAGAGCGGGGAGAUGGAGCAAGCGAUGAGGGGGCGCAGGCUGGCGAAUCUGUGA